UGCGACGGUUUGUUUGAUCAUCUUCCACUCACUAAAAGCAAGCUCAUCAUCCAGUAGAGCACAGAUGCUUCGAUGGUAACGCUGUCGUUUCCAUCUCCCUCGCUCUCUUUCGUAGAGAGCGGGACAUGUAGUAAAUCAACUCACGUUUCUCGGGUUCUGUUCUCUGGUCCGGAUGAGGUUCACGGAGAAUCGUCUGAACCAUCCAAGAUACUAAGAGAUGUUCAUAUAUCAGAGAGGUUGAUGGAGGAUUUCACUGAGCUAGCGAGAGAGAACACUGAGAAGGACCUCGAGACUUGUGGAACUCUCGCUGCCUUCCUCGAAAGAGGAGUUUUUUAUGUGACCACUCUGAUAAUACCUAAGCAAGAAUCAACUGCGAACUCUUGUCAAGCCAUGAAUGAAGUGGAUGUGUUUUCUAUACAAAACGAAAGAGAGCUUUAUCCUGUUGGGUGGAUUCAUACUCAUCCUUCUCAGGGCUGUUUCAUGUCAUCAGUCGAUCUGCAUACCCAUUACUCGUAUCAGGUAAUGGUGCCAGAGGCUUUUGCAAUUGUCGUGGCUCCAACAGAUAGCUCUAGGAGUUAUGGGAUAUUUAAGCUAACGGACCCUGGAGGAAUGGAGAUACUGAGAGGCUGCUCGGAGACAGGAUUCCACCCACACAAAGAACCGGAAGAUGGAAACCCGGUUUAUGAGCAAUGCUCAAACGUCUACAAGAACUCCAACCUUAGGUUCGAGAUUUUCGAUCUGCGCUGAGGUAAGCAACAACCCUUCAGUGGCAGGCAAUAUCAGUGAAAAAAAGGAUCAAGCUUGAUCCACUGUGAGAGCUAAAAAGAUAUCAAAUAAAUAACCAUAAACUUAACCGGAACUGUAUAUUUUUUUUAAUCAAAAAAGUCUGUCUUUAUUGAGGUUAUAUGAACACAAAGUCAUCUUGUAAUAAGCUAAGAAAAUGUUAAUAAUUUUUUAUUGUAUAAAUGGUUGUAUCUUUGCUCUUUCA